AUGGUGAAGCUUUUUGUCGGAAAUUUAAGUGAUAAGGUUGACUCUCAUCGCCUUAGAAACUUAUUUCUUGAAUUUGUAAACGUUCAAGAAUGUGAUGUAUUGAAAAAUUUCGCGUUCGUGCAUGUGAGCAAUGAAGAAGAUGCACAAAAAGUGAUUGAUAGAUUCAAUAAUUAUAACUUAGAAGGAAGAGUUAUAUCAAUAGAAAGAUCAACAUCAAAAUUAAGAAAAGAUCCUGGAAUGGGUGAUAAAUGUUUUACUUGUGGUGCUUGUGAUCAUAAAACACCAAAUUGUCCGCAUGAUUGCGUAAAUCUACACGGUAUUAAAAGACCAAAUACCGGAAGUGAUGGAGGUUCUACAGCUAAGCGUAGCAAUUCAAAUAGUCGUGUUGUUAAUGGUUUAUCCAAAAGUAGUAUUGUUCAGUCUCUUAAUCCUGCUGUCAAUGAUCCUGAACUUGCUUUACCACCAAAUUCUGAAUUGAAACCACUAUAUGAUGCAUAUAUUGAUGCAAGAGCACAAUAUUUUUAUUUUAGAGAAAAAUAUCAAAAAGAAAUGAUAAGACUUCAGCAGGUAGCAACAACUCCGACACUUAUUUAUGAUCUCACAGGAAAAGGUACUGCUGCUAGAAAGUUUGAACCACCAGCCAAUUUAGUUAGUACAUUUAAUCCAACAACAAAUAAUUUUACGGCUCCUCCACCAAAUUUUAAUGUUCCUCCACCAACACGUCCAUUAAAUGUUCCUGCACCGGGUCCAUAUGGUAAAUCAUCUGUACCUGUUGCAAAUACAGCUCCAACAUUUCCUGUAAUAAAUAGUUCGUCCAAUUUUACAUCAAUUCCUCCACCAAUAAAUUUUUCUGUUCCUCCUCCAGCAGCCGGGACAACUCCCUUCUUUCCUACUGCUGCAGCAAAUCGAAAAAUGAAACUUCUAUUUUCAUCUAAACAAUAUAGAAAUAUUCGUAAAUUUAAUAUUACAAAAAAAUGUUUUUAUAAUUGUAAAAAUGGAGUUUUUGGAUGUUUACCGGAGAAGGAAAAUAUUAUUGAACCUCUUUCACUUCCACUUAAAACUAUGUCACCUGAAGAAGCACAAAGACUUCAUCUUAUAAAUGCUUUUAGAAGAUAUGGGUAUUUAAAAGCUGAUAUAAAUCCUUUAAAAGUAAAAAGUGAAACAUCAAGAGACGUUCCAGAAUUAAAUCCAAGAAUUUAUGGGUUAGAUCCAGAUUCAGAAGAACCAAUAAAUUCAUCAACAGUAGAAAAUGCUCCUGGUAUAUCAGAUUUAGUUAAACAUCUUGAAAAUGUUUAUUGUGGAAAAUUUUCUAUUGAAUUUAUGCAUCUUCAAAAUGUUAAUGAAAGAAGUUUUCUUGCACAAAAUUUUGAAAAACUUCAAAAUAUUGAAUUGUUAAAUGAAGAAAAAGUAAAUGUUUUAGAAUUAAUGUUAAAAUCUCAAAAUUUUGAUAAUUUCUUAGCUACAAAAUUUCCAACUUUAAAACGUUAUGGUUGUGAAGGUAGUGAAAGUAUGUUUGGUUUUUUCUAUGAAAUUUUUUCAUCCUCCCAUGAAAAUGAUAUUAGUGAUAUUGUUAUGUGUAAAGCACAUAGAGGAAGAUCUAAUCUUCUUGUUGAAUUGAUGGAAUUUCCAGUUGUACAAAUGUUUAGAAAAAUAAAAGGAAAACCAGAAUUUCCUGAAGAUGUUUCUGGAGCAGGUGAUGUUCUUUCACAUUUGACAAGUUCAUUUGAUUUUAAAACAAAUGAUGGUAAUAAUUCUGUUCAUAUCACAUUACUUCCAAAUCCUUCUCAUCUAGAAGCUGUAAAUCCUGUAGCAAUGGGUAAAGCAAGAGGACGUUCUAAUACACUUAGAGUUGGAGAAUAUGACUACAUUAAUAAAAAUUCAAAAGUUGGAGAUAGUGUAUUGUGUCUUCAAGUUCAUGGUGAUGGAGCUUUUAGUGGUCAGGGUGUUGUAUGGGAAUCUUUAGCAAUGUCACAAGUUCCUCAUUACAGAGUUGGUGGUUCUAUUCAUUUAAUUGUUAAUAAUCAAAUUGCUUUUACUGCGGAAUCAAGAAUAGGAAGAAGUACAACUCAUGCUAGUGAUAUGGCAAAAGGUAUUGAUUGUCCUGUUAUUCAUGUUAAUGGAGAUUCCCCUGAAGAUGUAAUUAAAGCUGCAAAAUUAGCAAUGCUUUAUAGAAUGAAAUUUAGAAAAGAUAUAUUUGUUAAUAUGAUAUCUUUUAGAAGAUGGGGCCAUAAUGAACUUGAUAAUUAUACUAUUACACAACCAGUAAUGUAUGAUGAAAUUGAAAAUAGAGAUAGUGUACCAGAUGAGUAUUGUGAAAAAUUAAUAUAUCAAGGUAUUUAUGAUGAAGAAAAAAGAAACACAUUGCUUAAGGAGCAUAGUGAUUAUUUACAACAAGAAUUUAAAAAAGCAGAUACUGCUCCACCUGUAGCAAAACAUUUAGAAGGAAAUUGGAAGAAUUUUAUUCAAGCUCCAAAAGCUGUAACAAUUUGGGAUACUGGAUUCGAUAUUGAUCACCUUCGUUUUAUAGGAGCGGCUAGUGUCAAAGUUCCAGAAACUUUUUCAAUUCAUCCACAUCUUGCCAAAACACAUGUUAAAAAUCGAAUUUCUAAAAUGGAAUCAGGGGAAAAUAUUGACUGGGGAACAGCAGAAACUUUAGCUUUUGGAAGUUGUUUAGCACAAGGCUUCGAUGUACGAAUUAGUGGUCAAGAUGUUGGUAGAGGUACCUUUGCACAUAGACAUGCUAUGUUAGUUGAUCAAAAAACAGAUGAAAUAUACAUUCCAUUAAAUAAUAUGACAGAAAAACAGGAGCAUUUUAUUGAAUUGGCAAAUUCUUUACUUAGUGAAGAGGCUGUUCUUGGUUUUGAGUAUGGAUAUUCAAUUGAAAAUCCAAACAGACUAGCUAUUUGGGAAGCACAAUUCGGUGACUUCUUUAAUGGUGCUCAAAUAAUAAUUGAUACUUUUGUUGCUUCUGGUGAAUCAAAAUGGUUAACACAAUCUGGACUUGUAAUGCUCUUACCUCAUGGUUUUGAUGGUGCUGGUCCAGAACAUAGUUCUUGUCGAAUGGAACGAUUCCUUCAAUUAUGUGAUUCAAAAGAAAAUCAAAAUCCUGUUGAUGGCGAUAAUGUUAAUAUGUGGAUUGUAAAUCCAACAACAUCUGCUCAAUAUUUCCAUUUGCUUCGUAGGCAAAUUGUUACCAAUUACAGGAAACCAAUGAUUGUUGUAGCACCAAAAGUAUUAUUACGACAUCCAAAUGCAGCAAGUAAAUUAGAAGAUUUUGCCCCAGGUACAUACUUUAAGAAAGUUAUUGAUGAUAAUAAAAUCAAUGACUCAGUUAAAAAUAAUGUUAAGAAGGUAAUAUUUACUAGUGGUAAACAUGCCUUUACUUUAAUGAAAGAAAGAGAAGAAAAAAAUAUUGAAGAUGUUUCUAUUGUAAGAGUUGAAUGUCUUUGUCCAUUCCCAGUUACUGAACUUAACGAAAUUAAGAAAAAAUAUCCUAAUGCUAAAAAAUUUGUUUGGAGUCAAGAGGAACCACGAAAUGCCGGAGCAUGGAGUUUCGUCUCACCACGUUUUGCUAAUGCCCUUGGCAUACAGUUGACUUAUGCGGGAAGAAAAGAAAUUGCCUGGACAGCCACGGCAAUUGCCAAACAUCAUGCUGAAGAGCAUCAAGAUGUCCUUGAUUGCACAUUCGCAAUAUAG